UCGCCAUUUUGGAGGGGAUACACAUAUCACUAGUGAUAUGUGUGCGGGGAUACACAUAUCACGGGGAUACACAUAUCACUGUGACACCGGGGUACGGUAAGAUGAGAGACCCUGGGAACAAGGUUGGUAAGGUAGUUCGCCAGCAGUCUGAUCAAGUCAGCGGUGUGGUAUACUAUUCAAAAUGGCGGCGACGAUGGCUGCUCUAGCGGGCACUCGAGUCAUCGAACUUGCGGGGCUGGCUCCUGCACCGUUUUGUGGGAUGAUCCUGGCAGAUUUUGGGGCAGUAGUUACUCGAAUAGACAAAGUGAAAAAUAUGUCCACUAUCGAUAAACUUGCACGUGGAAAGAGAUCCAUCUCUGUCGACCUACAGAAUCCCCAGGGAGUUGCCAUCGUUCGAAAGCUUUGUUCUCAGUCCGAUGUGUUGAUUGAUCCUUUCAGACCAGGAGUCUUGGAAAGACUGGGCUUAGGACCGGAAAUACUAUUGAAAGAGAAUCCGAGAUUAAUUUACGCUCGAUUAACAGGUUAUGGCCAGACAGGUUGCUAUUCCAAGAGGGCAGGCCAUGAUAUAAACUAUGUUUCCAUUAGUGGUUUGCUGUCGAAGCUUGGACGCAAGGAUCAAAAACCAACACCACCAAUCAAUCUGUUAGCAGAUUUUGGUGGUGGAGGCCUAACAUGUGCUUUUGGAAUUUUACUAGCUUUGUUUGAGAGAACCAGGUCUGGGAAAGGCCAAGUUGUUGAUGCUUCAAUGGUUGAUGGUGCGGCAUACUUAGGCUCGUUCAUUUACAACAGUCUUGGUAUGGGAUUUAUAUGGCAACACCCUGAACGAGGCAGGAACUUACUGGACUCAGGAGCACCAUUUUAUGAUACAUAUCAAACAUCUGAUGGAAGAUUCAUGGCUGUAGGUGCUAUAGAGCCCAAGUUUUAUCAAAACUUUAUUGAAGGGCUUCAGUUAAAAGGAAAACUCCCAGACCAGUCUGAUGUUGAACAGUGGCCCAAAGCUAAAGAGGAAAUCGCUAGAGUAUUCUCUAAGAAGACUCAGUCAGAAUGGUGUGAAACAUUCAAAGAUCUUGAUGCUUGUGUCACACCUGUACUUACGACAGACGAGGCACCUUGCCACCCCCACAACGAUGAGAGGAAAACAUUUAUUUUGAGUGAUGGGGCAUAUGAACCAUCCCCAGCUCCAAAACUAUCUAGAACACCAGGGCACUGCAAGUUGAAGACUCAGCCUGAGGUUGGGGAACAUUCCUUAGAGGUUUUAAAAGAAGCUGGAUAUACACAAACAGAAAUUCAAGAACUAUUAAACGAUGGUGUGGUUGAUUAUCCUAACCUGAAGUCCUCCCUCUGAUGACGAUGUUUAGAUCAUGAUCACUAUUUAAAAUGCCAGCAUGAGGAGGCAUUCUUGCACUCUAGAAGUUUUGCCAACUUCUCAGCCAAUGAGAACCCCUCAUGAGUAAUUUAUUAUAUUCCAAGUAUCUCAAGAUUUAAAAUACAGGAUAAAACUUGAUGAAAAGUGAGUAAAGAAGAAUCUAAAAACCUGUAUUUAAACAUUUCACUACAUAACAAAUGCUUCUUGAAAGAAUGCGAGUAUUCUUUUCCAUCCUUCACAAACCUUUGCUUCUCUUGUACAAUAAGUGUGAGGAGUUGGGGAUGGUGGGGCCACCCUGCCUAAAUAAGGUUUGACUUAAUUUGAAGUAGGCAGUUGUCCUAGCCAUGAGUAUCUUGUUGGGCACAGGGGGUGCAGGAGGAUGAAAGUGAAAUAAAACACUGAUUGCUUGCAGUAUAAAAAUAAAGCAACAAGGGGUUAUUUAAAAAAGAAAUAGCGCUUCGUUUCUGGAGUUUGUACAUGCUUCUUUGUUUUGAACAUCUUUCAAAUACCACGAUGUCAAUAAAAUCACCCUGAAACCCAAAAUAAUACUGUUUCAUUGUGAGGUAUUUUCCUUGAAAGGUUAUUUCCUUUUCACCUUCACUCCAGUAAUAAGUCCACUUUGUAUUGUUUCCAAUACUUGUAAUUCCUUAUUUCUGUAUGAGGCAAAAGUGAUGCACUGAAAUCUGACAGAAAUUUUACUGUCAUUUAAAACUUAACAUGGCAAUGGAUUCCUUUGCAUUUUUCUACAAUACAUCCAUUCAAUCUAACUUAGAACCACUUUAGUCAUGAAAACUUUCAACACAACACUUUCAACUUCCUUGUGUCUUCAUGACAAUCAUCUUAGUGAUACCUGAGCAAGUUUACAUAGUCAAUAUAUUACAACUUUACUCUAAUACGCCAUUUCUGAUUUACCCUUAUCUCUGUUUCAAAACGAGUCUUGGUGUUUAACCUUUCUUAUGGAAAUGAGGUUUUCUUGUGCAUUUAUUUUCUUGCAAAUCACGACAUUUCUGUAUGAAAAUAUGUGAACCAGGACUCUUUUUCAAAGUGGAAAGAAAGCAACAUGGAAAUGAAACAAAAGUACAUAAAACACAAAGCAGGCAAACUUUAGGUUAAACAAUGUUAUUUACUGACAGGUGUAAGCAAUUUAUUUACAAUGCCCAGCUAACAGCGACAAAGGAUACUGGUUUGAAAUGUUUGGCUAAGAAAAGCAAUGUACAUUAGUGUCAAUGGAAUACUGUACUAGAAAAAUGUAUUUACAAAUAACUAGACCAACGGUUCAAAAUUAUUUUCAGAACAUACUUAAUUAUAAUAUGUAAAUUUACCAUCUAACAAUAAGUCACUUGCUUAAAUUCCAACUGUAGCAAAUAUUAUUAUUAAUGCUGUUAUAUUUAAACCUCCUUAAAUGCAAUAUACAAUUACCACAGAUAACCACCAAGACAAUAAAAUUGGGUAAUGGAUCAUUCUCAAAUAAGCAAGCAGUGAGAUUUUACAACACUCCUUUCACAAUGGCUUUUGUAAAAUCACCAUAAUUUAUGUUAAGCAAUGUUCUAAUGAUGACAAGGAAUGUUAGAACAGCAUUUUUAGACCAACAAUAAACAGCAUAAUGAUACAUAAAUGACAUACAUUACCACUUUUCAUUUUGAUUUUCCUGGUAAACUAUUUUACCUUAAAAAGUGAUCUUUCAGCAAUCUUUUUUCCCUUGUCAAAUCAAAACUUCAAUUCACUGCCUGCAUUUUAAGAGGAGGAGGCACCAUCCAAUGACAUUAUUACCUCGAAAUCACUAUUUACAUCCCAAUGUUGAUAUUUUAUUCAUUAUUUUUAUCUGCAAAGAGUGCUGCAUUCUUUAGAAAACUUAAAAUCUAUUCAAUUAUUUACAUGUGGUUUUACAGUAUGUUUUAAGCAAGUGACAUAACUGUUCUGUCAACAAAUUAUUACUUUUUAUCAAAACAAAUGACAGAAUGAAAAGAGAAGUCUACAAUGUACAGAAAAAUGGAACACAUAAUGUAAAUUUGUGUUUUGUUUCAUCUGUCGGCCAACCGUACUAAAUGAGCAAAGUCUAGAAAUACAACCCAUCAGUAUGGAAUUACAAAAUAUAAAA